AUUUUAAUUAUCCUUUGAGGAUCGUUACACUCCAUUCAUAUUCAUAUAAUAAUAGUACUAGUACAAUGGAAGCUGAAAAGUCAAAAUCGUAAAUCUCACUUCAUCAUCAUCAUCAUCAUCAACUUCAACUUAGAUGAAAAUCUGAGUUGAAUUAUAAAAUGGAACAUCAUCACAGAAAACUGAUCCCAGAGUUAUGCGAGUUGAUAUGCCAUGGAAUAGACUCUGUAUCUAAAUGUUCACUCAACAAUGAUUGCGCUAAUUGCUUCAGAAACUGUCUCAAAACCAAUCCUCAAUACCCUAAUUACUAUUAUCCACCACCACCGUCACCGCCACCGCCACCGCCACAACAAGAAUUUCCAUUAUACUCCUCAUCCAAUCAAAACCAGCACAAAAUCGCCAAUUACUUCAUCAUCACUCUUUCUAUUCUUGCUUUUAUUUUCUUCCUUGUUUGUAUCCGUGCAAUUUAUGUCAAUUUUAGGUCAAGAAGAAGGAUGCGAAGGUUAAGGGCAGUGGCAAGGACAAGAGCACCACCACCACCAUCCUCAUCAUCAUUAUCAUCAAGGAUUCAACAAAUUCAGGUGAUGAAUUUUGAUGAUGAACAACAACAUGAUUCUAUUGUGGAUCAUCCAAUUUGGUAUAUUCGAACUCAAGGUCUUCGACAAUCUGUUAUUAAUGCAAUUAGUGUUUGUAAGUAUAAGAAAGGUGAAGGAUUGAUUGAAGGAACUGAAUGUUCCGUUUGUUUGAGUGAGUUUGAAGAAGAUGAGAGUCUUAGGCUUUUACCUAAGUGUCAUCAUGCUUUUCAUUUACCUUGUAUUGAUACUUGGCUUAGAUCUCAUACUAAUUGUCCUAUGUGUAGAGCUCCAAUUGUUAAUACUAACCCUACAAUUGCGAGGGUUCAGUCUUUGGAAUCUAUUGUUGUUGAUUCUCAUUCAACUUCAUUGGAUGAUAGACAUGUUGAUGAAAAUAGUGGUGAAUCUGAAUCCAAUUUAGGGUUUCAAAAUAGGGUUCAUGAUUAUGAGUUGAGGAAUAGGGUAGAAGGGGAAGGAGGGCAAUUGGAGGUUUGUGAAAACGGAAGACCAGUUGUCGAUGCGGUUAGUGGCAGUAUUCGGCCUAGGAGAUCGGUUUCUAUGGAUGAUUCUUUUGUUGUAGGUAUCAAUAGUGUUGUUGCAACUGUUCUGUCAAAGGAAUGUAAUGGUGAUGAAGAUAGUGUUUCAAAGGUUAAUGGAAGUGAGAAUUUAGCAACUACAUCCAAAGGUGGUAGUAGUAGCAGCUUUUCUUUUAGGUCAACAAGAUAUUUGCAGGGUGUUGCUAGUCCAAUGAAGAGAUCAAGUUCAUAUAAUGGGAAAUUUCUUCUGUCUUGGUAUAGCCGCAAUCAGAAAAAGCCAAAUGCUAUUCUGAGAAGCUUUUGAUUUUGUGUUAUUGUUAUUAGCUUUUAUGCUAACUUCACAACUGAAGUAUAUAUAUACAUGUAACUCAGUAACUCUCAACAAGCUGAGAGGCUGAGAUUUUCAAAGUUUUCUGUAUGCAUUAAAAAAAAACUAUGUGAUGCAUAAGUGUAUAAUAGCAAAACAAUAAAGUUACAAAUAAAUGUUUUAUUCAACUUUUUGCUCA